CGGCGAGUGCGGAUCCUGAAUCAGGAAUCUCUGAAAUUCGAGGACAGUUAACAUAUAUUUCCAGUUCCCAAGGGGAGAGCAACAUCCUACAAGAAUCCAUUACUUGGGCAGAGACCGUCGACGACAUGCAGCGAGAAGUAGAACAGCCGCUGACCACUAUGAUGGAGCUGACCAGAGAGGUUGAACGACUGAAUGAGGAAUUAACAAGGGUUGAUCAGCAAGCCACAACAACUCGACCUACAGCACCAAACUCGGCAGGAACCGUUGUGAGGACUGCACCCGUUAAAGAGGUACUAAGAAGCAGUUGUGUCCCUACGUUCACAGGAAACGAAGAUGAGCUGACUGUGGGCAAAUGGGCCGAGUCCGAAAUGAAUCGGACAGCACUCACGGGAGAACUAAACUUCGCCGCCAGUUACAUCCACCCUGAAAAGGGGAGCGCCAAGAUCUCACGGGAUGAGUCCAAGUUCCCCCAAAAGAAGAAAUUUUGGGAUGAAUACUUAAGGGAAGCCGAGCGAUAUCAGGAUGAGUCCUUUGAAGAGUGGAUGCAUAGCGACAAAGCUAUCUGCAUGAACUUCACUUUUUUAAGAGUAUGGCCUUUCCCAGAAGAUAUGUCAUUCUCCAUAACCAUGAGAGCUUUGGCAGCAACUAUGGUUGGCUGUGCUUUGGACAAGUACAGAAUUGGAGAGGAAUGGGAUGUACAGAAAUUAAAAAGUCUCCCGUACUCACAAAUCAUGGAAGAUUACAGGAGAUGGGUGGAGAAAAACAGGGAGAAGGAUUCUUAUUUCCAGUCAACCCUACGUCCCCGGUUUAAAACCACUGCAGCUGGGAAGUCACGAUUAACAGUGGUAAGGGAAGAAAGACCAAUGGAAUCUCAGAGGAGAGAUCUCUCUUGGCAAAAGGGAAGCAAGUUCUUCUGUGAUGUCCAUGGAUGGAACACCUCCCAUCCCAAGGACCGAUGCUGGAGCUCCAAGAAGAGGGAACAACUACCAGCAGGUGGAAGGGCUAAGGCUGGCCAAGGGGCUCAACCUCAACGGAGAUUGCCGUCGACAAGGGCAAAACCCAAGAACCCGGCAAAAAUUAAAUGUUUCUUCUGUGAAGAAAAGGGGCAUAUAGUCAAAGACUGUCCACAGAAGAAAAAUUACCCAGCAGUCUUUUACUGCAGUUUGGGACGCAGGGGCGAGCUUAACAUUGGUUAAUUAUUCUAUGUACAGGGAACAGGAGGGGAAAGAGAAGGACCACAAGGAACCUUCCUCCUCCGCUUGUACCACGUUAACCACUCGUAAGUGGAGUAUUUGCAUGCG